AUGGACACCAGCUACCUCUCCAAGCAGGUCAGCCACAGCAUCGGCCAGCUGCACAGCCUGUUCGACGACAUUGGCGUCCCGGAUCAUGAGCGCGAGGCGCGAGAGUCCGAGCUGUUUCAAGCUCUGUCGGAAGCGCUCAACAACCACCUGCGCUUGGUAUCGUCAGAGAAGAAGGGCAUGAUUGACGAGGCCAAGAAGAUUGUCACAGCCAUCCGGCAAAUGGAGUUGUCGAUGAGUGACUCGAAGCAGCGAAGAAGAGGCUCCAACGAGGAGAGCAUGAAGAUCUCGUACCCUUUGAUGCAGUGCCUGAAGACGCUCAGGGAGAAGCAUGAUCAGGUACAGCGGGUGCACAGCGAACGGGUUGAGCAAGUGCAGAAGCUCGCCGAGGCCCUCGAGUCUUACUCGUCACACCUGGAGCCUUCGUUCGUCAAGAUCGCCCUGCCGCCUACUGGACCCGACGCGUCCGUCCCCCUCACAUUUGAUUUAUCGCCAUCCUACGUGGACCGCCUCGAUGCAGAGUUUACGCGAGUGUAUGAAGAGUACAAUCGCCGGCUCGCCGUGGUAGAAACACUGGGCGAUGAGAUUAUCCAGCUCUGGGCCGAACUUGGCACGCCUCAAGCCCAGCAGGGCACCGCCAUCAUCAAGUACUACCGGGAGGCCCCUGAGCAGCUUGGCCUCCAUCAAGAAGAUAUCCAGGGUCUUCAAGCCAAGCAUGACAAGCUUGCGGAGGAAAAGAAGGGUCGCGAGAAGAAACUGAGCCAGCUCAGAGCCAGCGUCGAGACGCUGUGGGAAAAGCUUGGCAUCGACGAACAGGAGACCAAGGCUUUCCUCAACGAGAACAGAGGCUGCGGUAUCCGCCAGAUCAACGAGUUUGAGGACGAACUCGAACGACUCAACGAGGCCAAGCGCCAAAACCUCCACAUCUUUAUCGAGGACGCGCGCGUCAGACUCCAGGAGCUCUGGGACGCCUUGUACUACUCCGAGGACGAGAUGCUCGAUUUUACGCCCGCCUUCUCCGACGUCUACAGCGAUGCGCUACUCGAGGCUCACGAGCGCGAGGUUGCUCGUCUCGAGGCAUUGAAGGAGCAACGCGCGCCGAUUCUAAAUCUGAUUGAAAAGCACAAGGCCUUGAUGAAGGACCGGGACGAACUUAUUGCCGCCAGCCAAGAUGCGUCCCGCCUUAUGUUGCGUGGCCAGAAGGGCGAGAAGCGGGAUCCUGGGAAGCUGCUUCGCGAGGAGAAGAUGCGCAAGCGCAUUGCCAAGGAGCUUCCCAGGGUGACGGUCGAAGUGCGCAAGGCACUCGAGCAAUGGGAGGACGAAUAUGACCGGCCCUUUCUGGUGUACGGCGAGCGAUACCUCGACGAGGUGGAGUCUGAAGAUGUAAAGCAACCUCCCCAGCGAUCCAGGACACCAGCCGGCCCUCCUCCUUCGGCUGCUAAAAGCCUGAUGAAGUCGGCGUCAUCCUCGGCAAUGAAGCCCACCACUGCCAGCAAGGGCGCGAUGCCUCCGCGCUCGUCCGUCAUGGACUCGGGCCGCGGCGGCAGUCCAACCAGACAAGCCACGGCAAGGGCUCCUCUGUCCAAGAUGAAGGACGGCAACAACUCGCCAGAGCGACCCAAGGCGCAAAUUCAGCGCGGCAUGGACAAGCUGCGCACUGGCGGCUCCGUGCGACUCCCCCCGCCCAAAAUGCGAGACCUAAGGUCGGUGGCCUCGCUGGAGGCGCCGUUGAACGCAUACAAGUCGAUGGGUUUAAACUCGAGCAGCAUUGUCCGGGCGGUCGAUCCCGAAGAUGUCUACGAUGACCAGUCGCAGCUGGGAAGGAUAGGGCGGUCCAACUCCAACACGUCGAGCCAUCGGCAGAACAGCUACUUGGAAGAGGAGUACGACGACGGCGACGACGACCACUACUCGUCUGUGCGAGGUGUGCCGCGGUACCCCCAGGCUCUGCAAGGCAGACACAUCUCUCGCGCAUCCACCACAUCCACGGUCGUCACCGGCUCCGAGAACUGGGAGACGUACGACGACAAUAGCGAGCCAGAGCCAGACGCGUCGGACGCAUACUUUGCCAAGCUCCGCGCCGCCAGGGGCAAACGAGCAGAGCCCGAGCACGGCCACCGACCUACCAGCAGUUCGGCAAAGCGCACUCGCGGGGUGCCUGCGGCAUAUGGGCCUCCCGUCAUGAUUGAUCAGGACGGCAACCGCAUCGUCUCGGGAAGCGAAUGGACAGACGAGGAUGGCUUAUAAGCUGCCUUGGUUCAACGUCAACCUUUUCUAUCACAGUCUAUGUGCUCUCACGGUCUUAUGGCAAAGACAACGACGAAGACGAGAUAUAUGUCAUGUAACAACUUCUUCCGACGGCGAGACGACUUGAACAGCGCAUGAGGAUGGCGGGCCAUCUACAAAAGGCGUUGUGCCGCUUUUCUGUCUGUUUCUGCGGACAUGCAGAGGCGCAGCGCGCUGCUGCUUCAUUUCAGGUGGAAUCUCCUUGCUUUGGUUUCUAUUAUUUGUGCUAUAUGUGUUGUGCAUCAUGU